AUGUACAAGAAGAAAGAAAAGGAGAAACCUGUAGACAAAGGGAUGUAUCAAAGACUAGUGGGAAAAUUGAUCUAUUUGUCUCACACUAGACUUGACAUUGCCUUUGCAGUUAGCUUGGUCAGUCAGAACAUGGACAACCCUUUAAAAGAACACUUGGAGGCAGUUUACAAGGUAUUACGGUAUCUAAAGAAGACACCUAGAAAAGGUCUGUUGUUCAGAAAAAAUGGAGAAAAAGGCAUAGAAGCUUUCACUGAUGUAGACUGGGUAGGUUCAAUUGAUGAUAGAAGAUCAUUAUUUGGAUAUUGUAUCAUGGAAUGGGGAAACCUUGUUACUUGGAGAAGUAAGAAACAACAUAUUCUCUCAAGAAGCUGUGUUGAAGCUGAGCUUAAAGCUCUUGCUCACAGGGUAUGUGAAUUGAUCUGGAUCAAACGAGUUCUUUGA